UAUUAGAUUUCAUGUCAGCGCUCCUCUUGCGAUGAAGGUUAAACCCUUGACGCCAGUGAAUGUUCAUGUAGUCCUCCAUGGAGGAUUCAAAUGAAUGAAAAUCUCUAGGACUUUAGCCUUAAGAUAUUUUUAGAGGAGUAAAUUUUGUUGCGAAUCAACCGAUAGGCUUAAAGCAUACGCUUUCUUGGAGUUGUAUUUUGCUUAAUUCUCUUACUCGUGGUGCAAAAAAUGCCUUACACUUUGAUAACCUUUGCAAUGUUGCCCUAAGAACGUUCUAUUUGUCUUUUUUUAUUUUUCAGUUUCCCAAAAAAAAAAAAAAAAAGGCGAAAUAACCAAGUGAAGAGAACAGGUGUCCUGACGGUGGUGCUACAUUUCAUCACCAAAUAGCAAAGUUGGAGCAGCACACACUCAUGCAGGAAAAUCCAAAAAUCCUUCCAUCCGUCACUAGUACAAGAGCUUGCCACCAACACGUGCCCUCCUUACAUGUAAUGAUAUUGUUGCUGAAGUUGAUCAUCAUCUCUGCCACUACCACUGCCCACCCAUCGGUUACAAAACAAAAAAGAAACAAAGCUGUUGUGUGUUUAACAAGGGUUAAUCAAGGCUGUUUGGUGAACCGAACCGAUGGAUUUGUUUAAUUCGGUGUUGAAUUGGGUGGUGCCACCGGCAAGUUUAGUGAUGCUGGCGUUUGCUUGGCCAGCGUUGACCUUCAUCAGUGGUUGUGAGUGGCUUUACAAUUUGUUCAACAGUGAAAUUGUCGAAGAUAAGGUGGUUAUAAUUACAGGAGCUUCUUCUGGCAUAGGAGAGCAAAUUGCAUACGAAUAUGCAAAGAGGAGGGCGAAUAUUGUACUAGUGGCACGAAGAGAGAACAGACUGCGAGUGAUCAGUGAGAAUGCAAGGCUUAUAGGUGCAAAGCAUGUCAUGAUUAUAGCUGCAGACGUUGUCAAGGAAGAGGAAUGCAGGAGAUUUAUCAGUGAAACAAUAAGCUUCCAUGGCCGAGUGGAUCACCUUGUAAAUACAGUAAGUCUAGGACACACAUUCUACUUCGAGGAAGUUACAGACACGUCUGUCUUUCCCCAUUUGUUGGAUAUAAAUUUCUGGGGGAAUGUAUAUCCAACGUAUGUUGCUCUUCCUUACCUACGUCGAACCAAUGGAAAGAUCAUUGUUAAUGCAUCAGUUGAGAGCUGGUUACCUCUACCGAGAAUGAGUUUAUAUGCUGCAGCAAAGGCAGCUCUGGUUAACUUUUAUGAGACCUUGAGAUUAGAAGUAAACCAUGAGGUAGGGAUAACAAUUGCAACUCACGGAUGGAUUGAAAGUGAGAUGACAAGAGGCAAGUUCAUGCUAGAGGAAGGCGCCGAAAUGCAAUGGAAAGAAGAAAGGGAGGUACAUGUGAUCGGUGGUCCUGUUGAAGAUUUUGCCAGGUUGAUUGUAGCUGGGGCUUGUCGAGGAGAUUCGUACGUUAAGUAUCCAAGCUGGUAUGACAUAUUCCUGCUGUACAGGGUGUUUGUGCCUAACACCCUGCAUUGGACAUUCCGCCUCAUUCUUCCAACGCACGGUGGAAGGAGGACUUCCCUUGUGGGCACCGGGAGGCCUAUUUCUGAAGGCUAUGGAAGGCCUUUGUUGGAAGGCACUCCUCCAAGGAGAUUUGUUGGUCCCAACACAAUUUCCCAACAGAGUCCCUCGCGUCCGCUAAAAAUGGAAUGAAAUUUAUAGCAUUUAUGGGAAAGUAGCUAUGUUAGUAGCCUCUUAUAAGAAAUUAUGGUUGUUGAACUUAUGUUUUAGCCGCGCGCGGAGAUUUUGAACUGUUAAACAAAGUUAUUGCAUUCGAUAUGUAGUUCAUGUAAUAAUCCCUUCGGUGUUAGUAAAUUUCAUAGAGAA